UUGGACAUGAAGUCGCUGGAGGCACUGUGUGCCGAAUAUAUCGGUGAAUAUGCAAACCUGUAUCCUGAUGACGUGUUUGAAGAGCAAACGUUUCCCGUUCUUCAUCAGUUAGUUAAAUAUCUUCAGGCAGAUGAUCUCAACCGGCUGGAACCCAUUUUACUCCGACAUGGUAUUGAUGUUGAUUUGGCCUGGAAAAGAUUGUGCUCGCUGCGGUGGAACAACAUGCUUGGGACAAUGCAGCCAAAUUCACUUGAUGUGUUCCAGCACAGAAUUUACCCAGACUUCAAAACCUUUUACUACAGUCGCCAGUUUCUUCUUAAUCUGAGUGCAUGCGUCAGAAAUUUCAAGUAUGGGUCCGUGCGUCACAUCCCGCCCGAUCAUCUGGACGUGUUGGCAUUCCACUCCCAGCAGGAGCAGUGGAUUCUGCGGAACAUUGCGGCGGGUCGCUUCGUGACCGGCGAGAGCCCGACAGAGCUGGCCGCCGACCUGUACACGACAGCUGCAUACUGCACAACAAUCACGCUGCAGGGCAGUGAGCUGGAGUACAUCAACACCAACGACAAGCUCAUCGAGCUGUUCAUAACACAUCUCAAACACCUGACCAUACAGACCAUCAGUCUCGCCAGCUUCCCACACAUCUGUACCUUCCUGCAGGUAAUCAUUCGGAGGGGACGGCUGCAGCAGGUGGCCUUAAAGAACAUUCUCGUCUCUGAGGAGAGCUUGACGGAGCUGGUGUGUCUGGUCUGCGGAGCGGUCGGGAGGCCGCAUAACUCUGCCGGGUGUAACGUAGAUUUGUCACUCAUAGACUCGUACAAGACUUCAGAAGAAACAAAAGACACGUCAUCUUCGGUCAAUGGCAGCAGAUGUGAUCACGUAAAGUCUAAUACUGAUUUCUCUCAAGCUCAAGGUAGUAAUUCAGAUAAUAAAGAUAAGCUUGGUAACUCGGACAGAGGCAAGCGUAGAAAGUCUCUAGAUGUUGUUCAGGAAAAUCAACUAUUUUCUACAGAUUGUGAGGAAAUUCAGUCAUCUUCUACAGGAGUAGUCAAUGAAACUGAGCCACUGUCUACAGAAGUUUGUGAACUUUGGCCAUCUUCCACAGAUCAUGAAAUUCACCCAUCUUCUAUAGAUGACGAAAGUCAGCAUUCAUCUAUAGAUGACGAAAUUCAGCUUUCAUCUACAGAGACUCACGAAGUUCAAUCAUCUGCAGAAGUUCAUGAAAUUCAGCCAUGUUCCGCAGUAUCUACUGACUCUGCUCCAGCAUCAAACCAAGGUGGGGGGUCACUCAGUGGCCAAGACGUGACACGCGGGGAAACGAUCCAGUCAAGUCUAAGACGCAGGCAAACAGGGCAUUCGAAUUCAAAGUUUGUCCGCCUGCAGGGCUGUGAGUCGGAACGCUUGCGUGUUGAAACGGGUGAUUUUGAUCUCUUUGACGAGGCUGUCCUCAUGCAGAGGAGACCUGUGAAUUCAUCGUUGAUGUCGUCAGCUCCGUGUGUUUAUCCUGAAGUGCCGAACAGAGGCGUCUUCAACCAGAGCGAUGCCACCCUUCAGUGUCAGUGCAGUUUGUUUCAGAGAGUAACUUGUAUUCAUAGAAUGGCGUGUGACACAGAGUUAGAAGCAUUUGUCCUGAAUGCUACGCAUCGUCUCGAUGUUGGUCACAUGUUGGCUCAAGUCCUACCUGGCUGGAGGUCACUGAGGAAAUUAGCUCUCGUGUCUGUGAUGGAUGUCUGGUCGAAAGCAUUUGAGUGUAUUCUGGAGUUAAUAACUCGACAUCAGCUAACUCACCUUGUGCUAGACAUGGCGGACAUCGGUAUUGAUGGAUUUUCAAGACUGCUUCAGGUCCUUGCUUUGGCCUAUUCCAUCAGGAAUUGUGGGUCAACAUCUGCAGAAUCUCCCGAGGUGGAACCGCUGCAGCAACUUCUGAUGAACAUGACACGCCCCAUAGAGGAAGUCUCUCUGUCCAUUUCAACUAACAUUUGUGCAGUUGUGUCCCUUGAUUUGGGUUCCAACACGUUUAGUCAGCAAGCUUUUGACUCGGUCCUCCUCUUCAUCAGCAAAGACACAGCUCUGCGAGUGGUGAAUUUUGCUUACUGCGGACUGACUGGGCGUCAGCUUAUUGAUUUACUACAUACUUUGAUAAAAAGAGGCAGUGAGAGUCUGGACGAGCUCUACCUGGACGACAACAAUCGUGAUGGCGUGGUGUGCAACAUCGAUGAAGCCGUCAGUCAGCUCGUGUCUUCCAUCAAAUCUCUAAAAGUCCUGUCGCUGUCGAGGUGUUCUCUGCCGGGAUCACUGUUGGACGGUUCUUCCUUCACCUCGGCUGUCAUCAGUCAUCCGUCACUGCACACCGUUAUCUUGGGCAACAAUAGAUUUGGUCUUUCAUUGCUGCCUUUUCUGGAGAAAAUUCUGUUGUCUCAGUCCACCAUUAAAAAGCUCCAUAUAGGUUACAAUUACCUUCGAGGGGAGGAUCUUAAACACUUUGUGGAUCGCCUCCUGGAGACCGAUCCCAAUCCAGUUCCAGCCCUGCAAGAACUUGACAUCAGCGGAAACAAUGUUGGCGUUCUGUCUGCAUUUGAGUGGGAUUCCCUUAAGGUGAAAUUCGGACGGUUUGCCUGCGAUAUCAACGCAACCUACAUUGGCAUUCAACACCACUUUGAUGACUACGUAGCAGUGAUGUGAAAAACAAUAAUGUAAUCUUUAAUUAUUUAAAAAUCAAAAUAAUGAAAUUGUGUGAGAAAGAUCUUUUACAGACCAACUGCACCGUUAAAUAUCUUUAAUUAUUUAAAAAUAAACACGAUGAAACUCUGUAAGAUAAUAUCUUUUGCAGAAUGAUUGCACCAUUAUACAUCUUCAGUGUACAGUUGUGUAAUAAUUACCAGUGUUAUGAAAUGAUCUUUAACAGAAACAACAGAACAGAGAGUGAAAGGAUUGGAUAAGGAAUGUGUCCACCAUGAGAUGUUUGGGGUCACUAUAAUGAGGCCAAAUCACAGCUUUACAGCAAUCAUUGAUCUCAGGGAUUUUAACAUAAUGCUGUUUUUGAACGUGUAUAUUUUUCAAUAAAUAUAUUUCACAUAUAAAUAUCUAAA